CAGGACGCAGAACACAGGAGAAGGUUUUCUUCCGUUGAUUCGCUUGUUCAACCUCCCCCACUCCCGUACUUUACGGAUGUUUAUUUGCUAAGAAGAGGUGUCAUCUGCUAUAACCGUCUACGACCGUCGACCCCUCGAGCCAUUGACAGUCAAUUAAGUUCCUGAUCAUUUGUAAGGGCAAAUGCACAGAUACUUUUCAUUUAUAUACCAUGUAGCCAUGAGUCUAUAUCAUACUCAUUCAUCUCUGACCCAACAACUCAGCUUAUUGAACGAAAAUGGCCCAAACAACAAAGCCGGUACUCGUCAUCUAUGGCGCGACAGCGUACACCGCUCAGCAGUUAUUUACGUACCUUGAGGAGCACCCUGAGGCAGGAGACUUUGACUUUAUCCUUGCUGGUCGUAACCAAACCAAGCUUGACAAGUUGAAUGGGAGUCUCAAGAUACAAAGAGAGGUUAUCGCCUGCGAGUUGAGUGACGAGGAAGGGGUUGAGGCGAUGGUCAAGAGGGGAAAUGUCAUAGUCAAUUUCGCUGGUCCUUACCGAUGGCACAAUGCUGAAGCCAUAAUUCGUGCAUGUUCCAAGGCUGGAAAGCACUACAUCGACCUUUGCGGCGAAUCUGCAUGGCUGGCCAAAGACAUCAUUCCAAAGUACCAUUCGAUCGCCAGCUCCACGGGGGCCUGUAUUGUUCCUUCCUGUGGUUUUGAUUCUGUUCCUUCAGACCUGAUCGUGCAUCUUGCUAAUCAAACCCUCCAAACGGUUAGACCCGGAUCCACAUUGGCUGACUCGACCUCCAUAUUCAAAGUGAAAGGCACCAUCAGCGGUGGAACUGUCCAGUCUAUGAUCACCCUUACCGAGCUUCCCAAGGAAGAGCGAAGGGCCGGUGAAUUCACCCUCUGUCCUGGUAUCCAACUCCCGUCCACACCUCCUGCGCUUACCUUCUCCCUUCCUUCUACCCCUCUUACUCCCGCUCGUUUUGCAUCCUUUUUCUUCAUGUACGUCUACAAUCGAACUGUCGUCCGCCGUUCCCAGUUUCUCUCUGGCGCCUUGUCUACAAAGUCCGGUGGUAAGGUUAUGAAGUACGCUGAAGGCUUAGACAUUGGAUAUGGUAAAUUCGGGUCAGCCUUAGCAACCAUCGGGAUGAUGGUUUUCGGAGGCCUGUUUUUCGGUUUUAAAUGUCUUAGGAACAUAAUCCUUCGAUACUUGCCCAAGCAGGGAGAAGGAGCUCCCCUGGAGCAGCUGAAAGCUGGUCACUACCAAGUCACGAACCUUUCCACUGAGGAAUCCUCCGCUCCCGACCACAAGCCUGUGAAGAUCCUCACAAGGUUCGACGGUGAAGGCGACCCUGGAUACCUUAACACUUGCUACUUACUUGCUGAGUCCGCCUUGGCCCUGGUUCUGCCUGCCCCCAAGGGCACUUCCCGUCCACCUCUAGCCAAGGCUGGUGGCCUUUUAACCCCUGCGACAGCUAUGGGUGAUGUUCUUAUUGAGCGAUUGAGAAAGAGUGGCAAGUUCCAGAUUACCAGCGAGGUGUUGAGUGAGGAGAAGAAGAAGGAUAUCUAAUUUCUCAAUAUUCUUUUGAUGAGGAGUUUUAGGUUUUCCACAUUCUAUGUUUUACAUAUGGUAAUAAUAUUCUUGGGGCAACAUGCAGC